AUGCUGUCUGCACUUUUAAUUCUUGUAGGAGUUGUCCUCGCAAUACUCUACCUUUGCACCAGGCCUCGCAAGAACCUCCCUCCUGGUCCCAAGCCCCUCCCCAUCCUUGGCAACAUUAGAGACAUGCCAGAUGGGAUAACACCAGAAUACCAACACUGGAUCAAGUUCAAAGACCUGUACGGUCCUAUCAGCCAUGUCUCCAUCUUCGGCCAAUCCCUCAUCAUACUCCACGAUCGUGAUGCUGCAAACUCUAUCCUAGAGAAAACAUCGACAAAGACUUCGGGAAGGCCACAGUUCAUCUUUGGGAAUGAGAUGUGCGGGUAUAGUCAGAUCCUCAGCUUCAAACCUUACGGCAAGAUGUUUAAGCAGCAUCGAAAGCUGGUCCAUCAGCAGCUGGGCACGAAAGCUGCUGCAUCGCGUUUCCGUGAUGUUCAAGACGUGGAAUCUCGUCGUUUGUUGUUGCGGAUCUUGGACAGCCCGGAGAACUUGUCGACGCAUAUCAAGACUGAAGCUAGCGCUAUAAUUCUCAAGAUGACAUACGGCUACAUCCUCGAGCCUCACAAACCAGAUCCAUUGGCGCUCUUGAUAGAGCAGAUGAUGCACAAUUUCUCACUUGCAUUCGUCCCUAUGAGUUGGCCGGUGGAUAUCCUGCCGAUCCUGCGGUACUUUCCAGAAUCUCUGCCAGGAAUGUCGUUCAAAAGAAUUGCCCGUGGCUGGAACGCCAAUAUGCGCAAGGUGGUUGACGUACCGUAUAAGUUCGUUCGGCAACAAAUGACCAAGCAGUCUCACCGACCAUCAUAUGUCUCUUCACUUGUCAAGCAAUACGACAACGGUGGAGAGGUUCUGGAUACAGAUAGUGAGAGUGCUAUCAAGGGAACCAUGUUGCUAUUCCCGGAUGUUCAGAGGAAAGCACAGCAGGAGAUUGACACCAUUGUCGGUAUCGAAAGACUUCCCCAUUUUGAAGAUCGAGAGAACCUCCCAUACGUUAACGCCUUGAUCAAGGAAACACUCCGAUGGAUUCCCGUCACGCCGAUGGGGGUCGUUCACACAGCAGAUGAGGAUAUUCACUACAAAGAGUUCGUCAUCCCGAAGGGAGAAUCCUUCCUGCCAGCGACAUGGUGGUUCCUCCAUGAUCCAGAUAUCUAUCCUGACCCAUCUUCCUUCGAUCCAGAUAGAUAUCUGGAACCAAGAAAUGAGCCGAAUCCCGAUCUCGCCUCAUUCGGGUUCGGUCGCAGAGUUUGUCCUGGGAGAUUUCUAGCUGACGAGAGUCUGUUUAUCACUAUCUCGCGGUUACUAGCUGCUUUCAAGAUCAAGAAGGCUGUCGAUUUGCAGGGCAAUGAGAUUGAACCGGGGAUAAGUAUCAUGCCAGGCAUGAUUGGCCAUAUUCGAGACUUUCCUUAUGAAAUCAAGCCGAGGAGUGAGAAGUAUGCGGGUAUGAUAAGACGAGUUGAGGUUGAACAUCCAUGGGAGCAAGGUGAUGCUCGGUUUCUGCAAGAGGAGCUCUCUCUGCAGUCAGCAGAAGCUUGA